GCUUGACAGCCAGGAUGGGAUACGACUCUUGGAGGAGUGUGCUAAUUAAAACAGCGAGAAUUGUCAUUCAUUUUGUGUGUUGAAGAAGUUAUUCCAUAUCGACACAAAGGAGCUGCAGUAAAAAAAAAAAAAAAAAAAAAAUGGAAGGACUUGAAAUGUCUGCGAUGAUACCAGCUCUGCAGGAGCUAGCGAGUGCCGGCGCUGCUGAGUACGAGCAGGCGGUGCAGAAACCUCGACAGAUCCUGUGUCAGUUCAUCGACAGGAUACUGACUGAUGUGGAUGUCGUUGCUCUAGGGCUGAAUAAGAAGUCCAGCUCAGAGCCAGCUUGUGUGAUGCUUCUGGAUUUUGUGCAGCAUAUUAUCAAAUCCUCCUCUCUGAUGUUUGCCAAUCCCUCCUGCCAGCCUGCCGAGUACCCGGACACUACUCAGAGCUGUACUGACUUCGGUAAGUGGGUGGCGGUGCGUUUGCUCCGUGUGGCAGCAGCUCCAGACUGUGACGUCAUCCACGGGCGGGUCUCUGCUGUGUUGGGCUCUUUACUUCACACUCUGCGAGCCAGGGUGCCGUUCAUCUCAAGCAGCCUCGCUCAGGAGUUCAUUCAUUUAGCGCAGGACCUCAGCGACAUCCUGUACAAUCACAUCGCGACACUGUCGGUCGCAGGAAACACUUCACAUGUUCACACGCAAAACCGGUGGCCUGUUACGCUCGGAUGCUUCAGCGUACCCCCCGGCCGCGGCCCCUCGUACCUCACCCCCUCUCCUCUUAGUCUCUCCUCACCCGCCGCUCUUGAGUCGCUAACUGCAGUAACAAUCAACGUCUUAACUGACUCCCUGAGAGGAGUCGUCUCCCGCCGCGAUCUGAGCGCUGCAUGGGAGACGGCCUGCUCCUUCUUGGCAAACGGCAACGCCAGGCUGAGGAAGCUCUCCAUGGUGAUGCUGAGGCGACUGGUGGAGCUGGGCGGCUUUCCUGAAAUCCAGGGCCACGAGUUCUUUGCAGCUUACCUUCAUUUGCUGGAAACACACUCCGUCACACACACGGCAAACACAAACUCAGAUGAGACCGCUGCUUAUGAUGGAGAGCUGCUGCUCCUGACUCGCCGUGUGUUUCAGUCUUCUCACUCACACUUUGAGCCCAUCCACCUCUCACAGAUGUUUGAGUGUGUUUGCACUCUUGGAGGGUCAGGUGUCAAGUUGGGGACAGAGGUUACGGAAUCCCUCUGUUUUCUGUUCAGCUUCAUGCUAUCGGUUGCGGUAGUUUAUGAAAGUGCUGCGUCGUUAAGAAGGCAGAAGGUCACAGAUGUCUGCAGGACGCUGGCAAACACCGUGGGAACAGAAAAUCAAGCAGAAUGUGCAAAGGGGUUUCUCCAAGCAGCGCUAAAGGCUGAGACUGCUUUGGUGAUGCAGAAGUCAGAAGAUGGAGAGACUGCUGCCAAGAAAUCCUGCAAGUCUACAACCAAAAAACAAAGAACAAAAGCAGAGGAGGUGGACAUGCGUGUUGGCAGUGAAGUUUGGGCCGUGGUGCACAGUCGGCUGGAGGAGCUGCUGACCAUGUUGAUCUCUGUCGGACCUGAAUCCACACAGACUCUCUCUGCUCUGGAGGGUCUGGGCCUCAUCUUACACCUGGUCGCCUGCUGCUCCUCUCCCACCAGUCCUUCUCCUCUCCUCUGGGUGCCCACUGAGACUUUGGGCAGGGUGCUGAAGAGCUGUCAGUCAGUUUUAGAAGGAGGCCCUCAACCCAACUCAAAUCAGAACUACUUUAAGUCUGCUGUCCAAACUACUGUUGGGGUUCUGGACUCUAUCCUCUACCUGACAAUGAGCAGCCAAAGUGAGGACGGGCUCCAGCGGCGAGUUUGUGCUCUUCUGUCUCUUCCCUGGGUGUGUGAGAACAAGUCUGUCUCAGCCUAUAGGAGCUCCGGUUUCCCGUCCUGGCUACCUGCUUUAGCCGAUAGACUCGGCUUUUGUUACUCACCUGAGCUCCAAGCAAACUGUGCGUCGCUGCUGGCUCUUCUGCGGCGUGGUGUGUGUGAGACUUGGCGAGUGUGUGUGUUUUCCAAGCUGUUGCAGAGUCCAGAGGAGGUGGUGAGAGCGGCGGCAGUCAGGGCCUUUCCCUUCCUGCUUCACCACCUGGGAAACACCCACCACAACCUCAUCAGCACUACUUUGCUUUCCAGGCUGGAGGACAGUUCAGAGCCGGUGAUGAAGGAGUUAGCCAGGACCAUCGGUCAGCUGAGCUGUAUCCAAUCAGAUCUCUCCCAGCUCAGUGUUUCCCACACCGACGCCGCUCAUCUUACUGAAAUCCUCUGCAACCGACUCACCCUGGCAACAGAGCAUGCUGGGAACACUUGUCCAACUCUCAGGGCGAGUGUUGUGAGAGCCUUUCUGCCACUGCUGAGACAACAAGCUCCCAGUAGUGUCAAACAAGCCUUCCUUGAAGCUCUGCCUCAUCUCUGCCAGCAUGUGAAUCUGGUUGGUGGAGACACCGACUCCGGAGCAGUUCUCUGCGCUCUGAUUGGUCUAAUGGAGGACUCAGAUCCAGUAGUACGAAUUCGCUUCAGUCAAUCAGUGCGUUUUCUUCUAACAGAGACCGUUAGAAACUCUGAACAGAGCACUCUAAAUGAGCUCCUAGUUGCUCGUCUUAAAGAAGCAUUCAACAACGCUAAACUCAGCAGAGACGACGACCUGCGCAACACGCUCAUCCUCACCACCGGAGAAAUCGGCAGAGCGUCUCAGGGCACUUUGGUGUCGUUCUCUCUGCUGCGGCUGCUUCACUGUCUGCUGUCCAAGUCGUCCCAGGUGUCUGUAGCUGCGUACACUCAGAUCAGAGCCCUGGCCACUGCCAAAGGUCUGAAACUGCAGACCCUCUUCAGCCAGUACAAGAACCCUAUUUGCCAGUUCCUGGUGGAGUCACUACAUUCACGUCAUGCGUCGGCCCUGCGGAGCACACCAGAUCAGGGCAGCGAGUCGGCCAAUCAGAGAGAGCUGGCUCUGGACAUCCUGGCUCAGAUCGCACACGCUUUUGAUUUCCCGGACCUCCACCGCUUCCUCACUAGGACUCUCCAAGUUCUUCUGCCCUACCUGGCUGCCAAAGCCAGCUCCACUGGCUCCGCCCUCAUCCGUACCCUGGCCAAUGAGCUGAAAGCAAACCGGAGAGAGAUCCUGAUCAACAACUUCAAAUACAUCUUCAGCCACCUGGUUUGUUCCUGCACAAAGGAGGAGCUAGAGAGGGCUUUCCACUACCUAGAGAGCGAGACAGAGAUUGAACUGGGCUCACUGCUCAGGCAGGACUUCCAGGGUCUUCACAACGAGCUGCUGCUGCGCCUGGGAGAACACUACCAACAGGUGUUUAACGGUUUGGCAAUCCUGGCGUCCUUUGCUUCCAACGACGACCCGUACCAAGGUCCAAGAGACAUCACCACUCCAGAACGCAUGGCCGACUACCUCCAGCCGAAGCUUCUGGGAAUUCUUGCCUUCUUCAACAUGCAGCUGCUCAGCUCCAGCGCAGGAGAGAAGGACCGCAAGAAGCUGGCUUUGACAAGUGUGAUGGCUCUAAUGAGGCUGAUGGGCCCCAAACACAUCAGCUCUGUGAGAGUUAAGAUGAUGACGACACUCCGUACGGGUCUCCGAUACAGAGAGGACUUCCCUCUGCUCUGCUGCCAGACUUGGGAGUGUUUUGUGAGGAGCGUGGAGCCGGCACACUUGGGCCCUCUGCUGAGUCAUGUUAUUGUUGCACUGCUUCCACUAAUCCCACUUCAGCCCAAAGAAACUGCUGCUAUUAUCCGCUUCUUGAUACUGGACAACAGGGAAGAGGUCAAAGACUACCUCCAUGAGAUCUACUUCCUGCCUGACCACCCUGAGCUGAAGGACAUCCACACUGUGCUGCAGAACUACAAGAAGUUGGCAGCCAGCAGCAGUGACCUGGCUGCAGCUCUGCAGCUCUCCAUGAGAGCAGGUCAACAUGAAAACGUGGAUGUCAGGAUUCAUGCACUGACGAGCCUUAGAGACAUGAUGCACAACAAGCAGGAGUGGCUGCUGCGACAGGUUUGUGCGAGUGAGGCGGUGGAGCCGGUCAUCUCCAACCUGGUGUCCGUCCUGCUGAAGGGCUGCCAGGACUCGUCCCCCGAGGCCAGGCUGCUCUGCGGGGAGUGUCUCGGGGAGCUGGGUGCUGUGGACCCCGGACGUCUGGACCUGUCACACACUCACACCCAUGGGGACCGAAACACCUUGGUGAGUGGAGUUGAUGAUCCAAACUUCGCCUACGACCUGCUGACCGAACUGAUCAGAACGUUUCUGGCUUACGCUGAUGACGUCAGAGCACAGGACUCUGCUGCUUACGCAAUUCAGGAGCUGCUGUCCAUCUUUGAGUGUCGCGAGGGUCGAACAGACUCAUCAGGGCGGCGUCUGUGGAGGAGAUUCCCCGAGCAGAUUCAGGAAAUACUGGAACCACACCUCAACAGCAGGUAUAAGAGCAGUCAGAAAGAGGUAAACUGGUCCAAACUGAAGAAGCCAGUGUACUUAAGCAAGAGAGGCAGCAAAUUCUCUGAUUGGUCAGCCACCUGGGCUGGAUACCUCAUCAGCAAGGUGAGACAUGAGCUGGCCAGCAGAGUGUUCAGCUGCUGUAGUUUCAUCAUCAAACACGACUACAAGGUGACCAUCUACCUGCUGCCUCACAUUCUGCUCUACAUGCUGCUGGGCUGCACGCCUGCAGAGCAACAGGAGGUAACAGAGGAGAUGCUGGCUGUGCUGACAGAGGGGGACCAGGAGGGGGCGCAUUGUCAGGGAACAGCCUCCAGCCUGUCACAGCUCAGCAUUCAGACUGUGUUCAGCAUGUUGUCUCACCUCACACAGUGGAGCCGCCACAUCCUCUACUCCAAACCCAAACAUGAGAGCGGGGAUUACCAGCGUGUGGUGGCUUUCUUGAAGGGUAUCCCACAGGACGCUCUGGCCAAGGCCUCUCUGCGAUCCAAAGCGUACACCCGUGCUCUCAUGCACUUCGAAGCACACAUAUUAGAAAACAAAGAAAACAUCCAGGACCAUCUUACAUUCCUGCAGACGUUGUACGCUGCGAUGCACGAACCUGAUGGGGUGAGGGGGGUGAACGCGCUGAGAAGAGAGGAGCCGUCGCUAAGGGAACAGAUACUGGAGCAUGAGAGCAUCGGCCUUCUCCGAGACGCGACCGCCUGCUACGACCGGGCCAUACAGCUGGAGUCAGACCAGAUUGGUCACUAUCAUGGGGUCAUGACGUCCAUGCUGGGCCUGGGACAGCUGUCAACAGUCAUCACUCAGGUCAAUGGAGUCCUGGCCAACAAGCUCCAGUGGAAGUCCGAGCUGAACACGUACAGAGUGGAGGCCGCCUGGAAGCUCGGGCAAUGGGACCUGCUGGAUGAUUAUUUGUCUUCAGACAGUCAGUCCAGUACCUGGGGGGUGCGGCUCGGCCAGCUGCUGCUCUCAGCGAAGAAACAGGAUGCUGAAACUUUCUACGAGAAGCUGAAGGUAGUGAGGAAGGAACAGAUCGUCCCUCUCUCUGCAGCCAGUUAUGAGUGUGGAACCUACCAGAGAGGAUAUGAGUACAUCGUCAGGCUUCAUAUGCUGAGCGAGUUGGAGCACACAUUCACUGAGCUGCAGAAACAGAGAGAAUGCUCCGCCCCCAGCCUCAGUCAGCUGCCUCCUCAUUGGUCAGAUCGACUAGAGAUGACCCAGAAUUCCUUCAGGGCCAAGGAGCCCAUCCUUGCCCUCCGACGUGCCCUGUUCAGCCUGGGAACACAGCCUUUGAGCACCGAGCUGGUAGGCGAGUGCUGGCUGCAAAGUGCUCGUGUGGCCAGAAAGGCGGGACACCAUCAGACUGCCUUUAAUGCACUGCUGAACGCGGAGAACACACACCUGGCUGAGCUGGUCACCGAGAAGGCCAAGUGGCUUUGGUCUAAGGGUGAUGUGCACCAGGCCCUGAUCGUCCUGCAGAAGGGCGUGGCCCAGUGUUUCCCCGAUGAUCAGCCGCUGACAGACCCUCGCAGUCUGCAGACCAAAGGCAAGGCCAUGCUGCUGGUGGGGCGCUUCAUGGAGGAGACGGCCAACUUUGAGUCCAACGCCAUCAUGAAGGCGUACAAGGAUGUGACCAACCUCCUCCCUGAGUGGGAAGAUGGAAACUUCUACCUGGCCAAGUACUACGACAAAGUGAUGCCGAUGGUGACUGAUAACAAGCUGGAGAAACAGGGGAACCUCAUCCGAUACAUCGUCAUGUACUUUGGAAAAGCUUUGCAGUUCGGAAACCAGUACAUCUAUCAAGCCAUGCCUCGCAUGCUGUCUCUCUGGCUGGAUUUUGGAGCCAAAGUGUGUGAGUGUGAGAAAGCUGGACGAGCAGACAGGCAGAUGCGACAGGAGCUGGGGAGAAUCAACGCGCAGGUGAGCGAGAACUGUGAUAACUUGGCACCGUACCAGUUCCUCACCGCCUUCUCCCAGCUCAUCUCCAGAGUGUGUCACUCCAGUGACGAGGUCUUCAACGUCCUCAUGACCAUCGUGGCCAAAGUCUUCCUAGCGUAUCCCCAACAGGCUAUGUGGCUAAUGACAGCUGUCUCCAAGUCUUCCUACCCCAUGCGUAUGAAUCGCUGUAAUCAGAUCCUAAAGAAAGCCAUCAGUCUCAAACAGUCUCUGGAGAAAUUCAUCGGUGAUGCAAACAGACUGACUGACAAGCUGCUGGAGCUCUGCAACAAGCCGGUGGAUGGUAACUGCAGCGCCCUCAGCAUGAGCGUUCACUUCAAGCUGCUGAAACGUCUGGUGGAGGAGCCGACCUUCAGCCAGAUCCUGAUCCCGCUGCAGUCGGUCCUUAUUCCUACACUGCCCUCUACUGGCGGGGCAAACACACAGCACGACGCCUUUCCUGGACACUGGGCAUACCUGGAUGGCUUUGAAGACAGUGUGGAGAUCUUGGCUUCCUUACAGAAGCCUAAGAAGAUAAGUCUGAAGGGGUCAGAUGGGCGGAGCUACACCAUGAUGUGUAAACCCAAAGAUGACCUGAGAAAGGACUGCAGACUCAUGGAGUUCAACUGCCUGAUUAACAAGUGCCUACGUAAAGAUGCUGAGUCGAGGCGGAGGGAGCUGCAUAUCCGCACCUACGCUGUGAUUCCUCUCAAUGAGGAGUGCGGCAUCAUAGAAUGGGUCAAUAACACCGCCGGACUUCGACACAUUCUCACCAAGCUGUACAAGGAGAGAGGUAUUUACAUAACAGGUAAAGAGCUCAGGAAGCUUAUUUUACCAAAGACGGCUCCCUUUGAGGAGAAGCUAAGAAUUCACAGGGAGGUGCUGUGUGCUCGACACAUCCCUGUGUUCCACGAGUGGUUCCUCCGCACCUUCUCCGACCCAACAUCAUGGUAUAGCAGUCGUUCUGCAUACUGUCGCUCCACUGCUGUGAUGUCCAUGGUGGGCUACAUCCUGGGUCUUGGGGAUCGCCACGGAGAAAACAUCCUCUUUGAUUCUUUCACUGGGGAGUGUGUUCACGUUGACUUCAACUGCCUCUUCAACAAGGGGGAGACGUUUGACGUGCCAGAGGUGGUUCCUUUCCGUCUGACCCAAAACAUGGUCCACGCUAUGGGACCCAUGGGCACUGAGGGUCUCUUCAGACAGGCCUGUGAGGUCACUCUGAGACUAAUGAGAGACCAGAGGGAACCACUCACCAGCGUUCUUAAAACCUUCCUUCAUGACCCGCUGGUGGAGUGGAGCAAACAAGCCAAAGGGCUAUCCAAAACUCAGGCCAACGAGACAGGAGAGAUAGUCAACGAAAAGGCUAAAACCCACGUGUGUGACAUCGAACAGCGUCUGCAAGGAGUCAUCAAGAGCAGGAAUAAAGUGCUGGGUCUACCGCUAUCUAUAGAGGGACACGUCCAUUACCUCAUACAGGAAGCCACAGACGACAAACUCCUCUGUCUGAUGUAUCUAGGUUGGGGGCCCUACCUGUAAAACCAGCAACUCAGUUGAACAAAGUUUGCCUUUAAUUUAUUUCAGAUCCUGUCCUGCCAAAUUAAUACAUUCUCAAUAAAACCUCAGUUGUCCUGAUGUGGACCCUUGUAUCAAAUGCAAAUAAAUAUGUGUACAUAAAGAAGUAAUCGCAACACAAAAAGGUAGCCCGUACCAAUGAAUGGGACGGGGAAAAAGGUCCUUAAAAUCCUGUUUUUUUUUUGUUCUACAGUCGCACUUAUUCCUUUGUUUACAGUUUCUCGUUCUGUGGAAACAAACUAUAUUUGUUACAUUUCUCUACAUUCUCUCGUAAUAAAGGAUGUUUUGCAGA